AUGGACAAUCUCAACUCCAAGACACUCACUAUCAACGCAAGGGCUGCUGCACAUAUCCUGGCUGUUCUCGACGACAGAGGCACAAAGCUCAUCCAUAAGACUAAAACUACUACGAACAUACUAAGUGGUCUGUAG